AAUAUAUUUCAAGUGAGUUUUUUUAGUGAGACAAUGGAUGAAUAUUUACAAAAACAGUUGAUUAUUGCACUGUGUGUGUACCUGGGUCAACUAUUGGUUGGAUACGCAUUGGGAUGGACGGCACCAAUAAUACCAAAACUGGAGAAUCCGGACGAAAGUCCACUUCCUGGUCCUGUAACAAAGGGCCAACUAUCUUGGAUUGGAUCUCUGUUAUACCUUGGCUGUAUAAUAGGUCCUCAUGUAUCAAGUUAUCUGUCAAAUAGGAGAGGCCGUAAACCAUGCUUCGUCAUUGCUGGUGUUCUGAUUAUAUUUUCGUUCAUCCUCUUAGCAACUGCUACAAAUCUGGCAAUGAUCUACGCUGGGAGAGUUGCCGUUGGUUUGGGAACUGGAAUUAUUGCGGUUUUGAAUCUAGUUUAUAUUGGUGAAAUAGCGUCAACAAAUGUAAGAGGAAUAUUGUUAACUGGGACUGGUAUAUUUUCAACACUUGGGACUCUGUUAAUAUAUUCAGUUGGACCUUACGUUUCUUAUGCAUCCACUUCCUACAUAGGACUAUCUUUAACUAUUUUAUAUAUAAUUGGAUUAUAUUUCAUACCUGAGACACCAUUAUUUUAUGUUAUGCAAGGUCAGAGUAAAGAAGCUGAAGCUACAUUAAUAGCACUAGGAAGAACAGAUGAAUUAGAUGAUAUAUUAAAUGUCGAAAUUGAAAACCAUGGCAAAAGUACUUGGAAGUUAAAAGAACUUAUCACUGAAAGAAGCAAUAAAAAUGCUUUAAUAAUAACAUUGACUUUAAGUAUACUACAGCAAAUGAGCGGAGUUAUAGUUGUAGUAUUUUUUGCCACAACCAUAUUUGAGCUGGCUGAUUCCUCUGUAGAACCAAAUAUAGCUACUAUUAUAAUAGGAAUCACUCAGUUAGUGUCUAGCUGCAUAGCUCCAUUUCUUGUGGAAAAAGGUGGGAGAAAACUUUUGUUACUCUGCUCGACAACCAUAUGUGCUUUUAGUUUGGCGGCGUUGGGGGUUUACUUUUUAAUUUUUUCAUACGAUAAUCCAAACAUUGAUAAAAUUGCGUGGUUGCCGCUAAUGACACUUGUGAUAUUCUUUUUGUCUUACGAUUUUGGUUUUGGAAUUAUUCCCGGAACAUACGUAGGAGAGAUGUUCCAACCACAAAUGAGAAGUACCGGAUCUGCAGUAACAAUUACUUCGGCUUGGCUAAUUGGCUUUGGAGUGUCUAGCGCAUUUGGGUACAUGAUUACAGGAUUAGGAGGUCAUAUUACCUUUUGGAUUUACUCCGCCGCUUGUGCUGUAGCAACAUUGUUCACGAUAUUUUUUGUUCCGGAAACUAAGGGAAAAAGUUUGUCAGAAAUACAGGAAAUGUUAAUUGUUAUUAUUAAGCAGUUUAAAAUUGUGUAUAUUAUAAUAACAUUCAAAAUAGAGAAAUAUGUGAAGAAACAAUUUGGAAUAGCCAUUGGCAUGUAUAUAGGGCCUUUACUUAAUGGAUAUGCCACAGGAUGGACGGCACCCAUGGUACCAAUACUAGUAGACCCAGAACAGUCUCCGCUAACAGAAACACUUUCAGCAAUGCAAAUAUCCUGGUUGGGUCCAUAUGUAUACGAUUAUUUUUAGCUGCAGUUAUAAUUGGUUAUUUAGAAAAACAUAAUAGGUAGAAGAUUAUGUUUGAUGGGGAAUACAAUAUUCACAAUAUUAUCCUAUGCUUUACUGAUAUCCCCAAAUAUAUCUAUGUUAUUUGUGGCGCGGAUUUUUCAUUCUAUCUAUACAAGCAUCAAUAUGUUUCUCACUUUGGUGUAUAUUGGUGAAAUAGCUUCACCAAACUUAAGAGGAACAUUAUUAACAAUGACAGGAGUAUGCCAAAAUUUGGGAUGUAUAUUAAUAUAUUCGGUGGGGCCGUAUAUACCUUAUAGAACAGUGCAAUAUCCAGCUAUUAUGUUAGCCAUCAUAUACACAAUUAUCGUAUUUCUAGUACCAGAAUCUCCGGUAUACUAUUUAAUAAAAGGGAAUGAAAAGUCCGUAGUUGCUACCCUCCAUAAUCUUGGAAGAGAUGAAGAUGUCAGUCGAUUAGCAAACUUUACUGAAGAGUUUAAGGCGUCUCAUUCGUCCAGACUUUCAUUGCGAGAAUUAUUCACAGUUAAAAGCAAUAGGAGAGCCCUAUUCAUAAUGGUAGUAUUAAUGUCCUUUCAGUUUAGCAGCGGUAUAGUAUCUAUGAUGUUCUUUGCUACUACCAUUUUCAAUUUGGCAGAAUCUUCAAUAGACUCAAAUGUAUCCACAAUUAUUAUAGGAGUUAUUUCCACUGUGGGGUCAAUAGUUUCUCCAAUGUUUGUUGAUAAUUAUGGGAGAAGGAUUUUAUUAUUAUUGUCAACAAUUGGAUGUAGCUUAUGUAUGGUAUCCUUGGGAAUUUACUUCUAUAUGGAUCAAUUAGACCAAACAUCAGUUAGCUCUCUUAAAUGGUUACCUUUAUUUUUGACAAUAAUUUUAUUCUUUAUUUUUGGUAUAGGUUUUUCCACAAUUCCAAAUACAUUACUUGGGGAAAUGUUUGGACCCAAUGUCCGCACUAUUGGAUCUUCAGUGAGCAUCUGUAUUAGUGGCAUUGCUGGCUUUAUAUCUACUAACUUCAGUUUUGGAUAUUUACUGGUUAACUAUGGAAUACACUCGACUUUUUGGUUUUUUACAGUUUUAAAUAUAUUAGCUUUUAUAUUCACAUGGUUCUUUGUACCAGAAACUAAAGGACUCAGCUUAAGAGAAAUUGAGGAAUUGUUAGCUAAUUAG